AAAAAAAAAACAUUACUAGGCAAGAAGAUUUGUUAUUGUUUCACUUGUUUCAAAUAUACAAGUAGUCUAUUUGGUUAAUGCUACUGAUAUUUUUCAGAGAUUUGCACUUGUUUAAACCGUGAAUGUCUUGUAUAAGUUGUCUAGGUAAUGCUCUAGUACUAAAUUAAUGGAAACAUGACGGUACAUUGUGGAAAUAUGGACUUUUCGGGACAUGUAGUACGGUUACUUUUCUUCAUUUUCCUUUUGGAGGGGUUGGCAAAUGCUGAUGUGUUUUAUGGACAUGUUGAAGAAAACCUUCCACCUGAAACAAAAGUAGCGGGUCUCAGUAUACCUGUGUGGAGAAUGUGUCCCGGGGUUCCUUCCGAAUCUGGACUGGCCUUUGCUUUAGAAGGGAAAGAGGCUUCUGAUUUGCAUGUAUACUACCACCAAGGACACCUGCUUUUGAAAACUGCAAAAACUUUAGACAGAGAAGUCAAGUCGGCUUAUGUUUUAACAGCGCGAGCAACAUCAUAUGUCUGUUCUAGCAAAACUAUGUUGCUAAAUGUCAAGGUGCUGGACAAGAAUGACAACAGACCCCGGUUCAUUCAAGAAAUGCUAAAUGUAGACGUUGAUGAAUUUAUUCCAGUAGGUACUGAAAUACUGAAGUUAUUUGCUGUAGACAGCGAUUCGGGGGAAAAUGCUAGAAUUACCUACUAUGCAUCUCCCAAUAACGCGCUUAUGUUUGUUGUUCCCAAAACUGGGCAAGUGAUGGUUGUAGACUCUCUCGUGGGUGAAACUAAUUUUAGCUUCUAUGCUUUUGCCAAGGAUAAUGGAGACAUUGCGUUAAAAAGUGACCCUGCUAUAGUCCAGGUUCAUGUAAAAAGAAGUCAGGUAAACGGGAUUGUUUCUAAAAGUAGGAAGCAGAGAGCCGUCUCAGAAGAAAUGAGCUAUGCAGUCAGUGUUACUGAAGAUAUGAAAGUUGGGGACCUGAUUUUCAUAGUGCCGUGUCUGAAGUUUGAAAAAAAGUGGUUCGAGGUGAUUUCUGAUGAUGACUCCCCGGUGCGGAUUGAAAGAGACUCGGGGAAACUGUAUUUAGCCCAGAGGUUGCAAAGUGCCAUAGACGUGGUGGUGAAAAUUCAAAACUUAAAAGGUGAUAAUUGGUAUUUUUGCCACCUGACCUUGACAGUGCCCAGUGUUUCCAGUUUGGAGUGGACCAUGUUCCCAUUCCCCUCUCUGGCAGCUGUUGCCCCCGAUGCAGCGAAGGGCACCUCAGUCUAUCAGCUCUCUACAAGUCACAGGGGCAGUGAUGGACUGUCACAGGCAGCCCAGUACAUACUUAUUGAAGGAGGUGAAGACAGAUUCGAGGUUGACAGGAUCACAGGAGAGAUCAAAACCACUGGGCUGCCACUCAUCCCAUACAGCGAAUACGUCCUCACAGUACAAGCUGUCGACAGGCUGGGCAGCAAGGGGCCCUACGCUUCUGUCUCAGUGCUGGCCGGCUCCAGACCGCCGCAGUUCACCAAUGUGUCAUAUACUGUGUUCGUACCUGAAAAUACUGAGGCAGGACACAUGGUUGCAGUCGUGGAGGCAGUUUCCUUCCAGAGACUGAAGCUCUCGUACACGCUGCUCAUUAAUCCCAGCAGCCUCUUCAGCGUUAACCAGGAGAAUGGAGAGCUGAGCCUGACCCGCAACGUGGACUACGAGAGCGAGCACCAUCUCUAUCACCUGUUGGUGCGAGCGAUGGAGUCAGGGGCGGGCCUGAGCACUGUUACUGAGGUAGUGGUGCAUAUCAGCGACGAGAACGACUGCACACCGGAGUUCCUUCACUCCAUCUACAGCCGAGACAACAUCCCUGAAAAUAUCCCUGUGGGCACCUCUCUGCUGCAAGUGCUGGCUAGAGACUGUGACACGGGUUCAAACGCAGAGAUCUCUUACUUCAUCCAGAGUGGUGACUUUGACAUAACUCCUCAAGGAAUCAUCAGCCCAAAGCAGCUGCUCAACUACGAGCGGUCAAAUCACAUGUAUGAGUUUGUGGUGGUGGCAGUCGACAAGGGGUACCCUUCCAAAACUGGGACAGCAACUGUGCGUAUCCGCAUGGCUAAUGUCAACGAUGAAGCCCCAGUGUUCUCACAAGCAGUCUAUAAGACAUUCCUCUCGGAGGACGCCGGUCCCAACACUUUGGUAGCCAUUGUCCACGCCAAAGAUCCUGAUGGGGAUGCAGUCUCAUAUGCAAUCACUGGAGGCAAUGAAGAUGGAAACUUUGACAUGGACAAUCAGAAAGGCAUCAUCAAGCUGCGUCAGAGUCCCCUGCCUAAGCUGCGAGGUCCCCAGUAUAUUUUAAACAUCACAGCAACUGACGAUAACGCCUCAGGAGGACCUACAGCCCUCAGCAACUAUGCCCAUGUCAUUGUGGGAAUCAACGACAUCAAUAACAACAAACCAGUCUUCAGGCAGUGCUCCACCUACAGUGACAAUGCCUGGGUCCUGGAGAACCAGCCGCAGGGGACCUUUGUGCUGCAAGUAGAAGCCUAUGACGCUGACAUAGGUGUGAACGGAAAGGUGAAAUACGGAAUCAUGCAUCGCGAUGGAACUACAUCAGGGUUUAUUAUUAACCCAGAUACAGGAGUUAUCACCACUGUCCUAAGUUUUGAUCGAGAGAAGCAGAGGGAAUACACGUUGUCAGUGACCGCUACAGAUUUGGCUCAGGAGCCUUUGAUUGGGGUUUGUCAAAUAACCAUCCUUAUUGCUGAUGAAAACGACAACAACCCUAAAUUCGAAAACAGCCGAUACCAGUAUUUCCUUCGCGAGGACACUCCAGUGGGUACGAGUUUCCUUCGAGCUGCAGCCCAUGACGAUGACCAGGGGUCCAAUGCUGCCAUUACCUACUCCCUGUCUCUCCAGCAGCCUGAGUAUUUCCACAUCAACCCCAGCACUGGCUGGGUAUAUGUCAACUACCCCAUCUCCCAGACUUCCCAUAUCAACCGGCACAUCAUAGCUACAGAUGGAGGUAACAGAAGCAGCAUGGUGGACCUCACUGUUACCAUUACCAACGUGCACAACCAGCCCCCACAAUGGGAGCAGGGAGAGUACUGGGUCACGCUCCCUGAAAACACCAUCCGGGACACGAAAAUAGUGACAAUAAAAGCAACCUCUCCCCUGGGUGAUCCAAGAGUCACUUACAAUCUGGAGGAGGGUCAGGUUCCAGAAACCAACAUGCCUGUGAGGUUCUACAUCAAGCCAAACAGAGCAGACGGGUCAGCUUCCAUCCUCGUGGCUGAGCCUCUGGACUUUGAGACGACCACGUUCUUCACACUUCGGGUCAGAGCCCAGAACGUGGCAGCGGUUCCUCUGGCGUCCUUCACCACAGUCUACAUCAGCCUCACAGAUGUCAAUGACAAUGUCCCGUUCUUCAUGUCUUCGACCUAUGAGGCCACUGUUCCUGAAGGAGCAGAGGUUGGGACAUCAGUUGCGCAGGUCUCAGCCACUGACCUGGACUCUGGACUUCAUGGAAUGGUUAACUACCUCAUUCUGAAGGACCAGAGUGGGGAUUGCCAGUUGUUCAGUAUUAAUACACAGACUGGUGUCGUAUACACCCGGGUUUCCUUUGACAGAGAGCAGAAAGGGUCCUACCUCAUAGAAGUCCAGUCCCAGGACAGUUCAGAGUCUGCUCGGCCUGGUCUGCAGGGACAGCCUAACUCAGACACAGCCUACGUGAGGAUUUUUGUCACAGAUGUGAAUGAUAAUGCGCCCGUUUUCCCCCUGCCCGUAUACGAGAUCAGUGUGGAGGAAGAUAAGGACGUAGGCUUCGUUGUAAUUACAGUUACAGCCAAUGAUGAAGAUGAAGGAGCCAAUGCUAAACUGAGAUAUCAGAUUACCUCUGGGAAUGUUAAAGGUAUUUUCGACGUGGAGCCUGAAGUUGGGACGAUCUUCAUAGUUCAGCCUCUGAACUACGAGCAAGAGAAGCGCUAUGAGCUGAGAUUGGUGGCCUCUGACGGGAAAUGGGAAAACCACACUCUGGUUAUCAUCAAUGUGAUAAACCAGAAUGACGAGGCUCCCAUCUUUAAUCAGAGUGAAUAUCAUGACAGCAUCAUAGAAGAGCUACUGGAGCUGCCUGUUUUAGUGCUGCAGGUUUCAGCCACUGAUCCGGAUCAAGAGGCAGACCAGAGUGCUCUGCGUUACUCUCUACAUGGUCAGGGAGCUAACAGUGAAUUUACCAUUGAGGAGCUGACUGGGAAAAUCUAUGCCCAGAAGAAGCUGGACAGAGAGGAGCGGUCUGUGUGGCGCUUCCUGGUCCUGGCAACAGAUGAGAACGGGGCAGGUCUGACCGGCUUCGCGGAUGUCAUUGUGGAAGUGCAAGAUGUGAACGAUAACCCUCCUGUCUUCCUCUGCGCUGUGGAUGGCUGCUUCAUGGGAUCUGUUCCAGAAAAUUCCCCGGCAGACACCUCCAUUAUGGAAAUGCCCGCCACGGACUUGGACGACCCCAAGGCUGGCAAAAAUGCCAUAUUGACCUACAAGAUAGUUCAGAACGUGCGCAAUGAGAUCAACCUGAACCUGUUCUCUAUCAGCCCUUCCACUGGUACCAUUUACACUGUGCUGAGAUCCCUGGAUAGAGAAAGCGAGGAUAAAUACCUAGUUGUGGUGGAAGCCCGAGAUGGAGGAGGUCUGACAGGGACUGGGACGGCCACCAUAUUGGUGUCAGACAUCAAUGACCAUGCUCCAGUCUUCACACAAAGGAUAUACACAGCCUCUGUCACUGAGAACUUGGACAUCAAUAGUGAGGUGUUGGUGGUUUCAGCCACCGACAUGGACGAGGGAGAAAACUCCAUGAUGACCUUCAGCAUCGUUGCUGGAGAUGAAGAUCGCAAGUUUUUCAUCGAGACGGACAAGAUCAACAAGGUCGGUACCAUCCGUCUUAUGAAAAAGAUUGAUUUCGAGAAGCCCCAGGAGAGAACCUUCAACCUAACCAUCAAAGUGGAGGACAUGGAUUUCUUCAGCUUGGCCUACUUUGUGAUCCAGGUGGAGGAUUCCAAUGAUCACGCCCCUGUGUUCUUCCCACAGUUUUACGAGGCAGGACCCAUUUUUGAAGAUGUCCCAGUAGGCACCAUCAUCACCCAGGUCACUGCUAUUGACUUGGACUCAGGGCAGAAUGGAAAGUUCUUCUACAGCAUUUCACAUGAGUCAGAUCCGUUUGACCAGUUCUUGGUGGACAAUAGUGGUUGGGUGGUAGUGGCAGAUUAUUUGGAUCGUGAAAAAGUUGCCCAACACCGUCUCAUGGUCCAUGCCACAGACCUGGGGAAUCCAGCUAUGACUGGCAGUGCUAUAGUCUUAGUGACGGUGCAAGAUGUCAAUGAUAACGGACCAGAGUUUGAGGUCCAGUACCAGCCCAUUGUGUGGGAGAACACAGCGGCACCACAAGUUGUCAAGAUGAACGAUACUUCACUGGUGCUCUGUGCCAAAGAUAGAGAUACUGCCCCAAAUGGAUCACCUUUCUCUUUUCAGCUGCUGAGCAAUGGUAACACAGAGACUAGUUUUAAUCUCACUGACCUGGGAAACGGCAGCGCCAUUGUUACUGCCCUUUCUGCUUUCGACAGAGAAGAGCAGAAGCACUAUUACUUGUCUAUCACGAUGACUGACAGUGGAAAUCCACAAAUGAGUUCAACCAACACACUGACAAUCACGAUUGGAGACAGAAAUGAUCACCCUCAUGCUGCAGGGCACACAGAAUUCAUUGUCUACAGUUACGAGGGUACCCUGCCAACAACUCUGCUAGGGCAAGUUCAAUCCCCUGACCUUGAUGACUGGGAUAAAAAGAUUUAUAGCUUUGAAGCAAAACCAUCAAGGCAUUUUAUCCUUGAUGAAAACUCAGGCUUGCUCAGCAUAAGAGAAGGAACCCCAUCGGGAACCUAUAACUUGCAAGUCAGAGUGAUGGAUAGGACCUGGCCAGAUGUGGUCUCCACAGUGAUGGUUGUUGUCAAAGAGCUGAAAAAAGAAGCAGUUCAGAAUGCAGGUUCCAUUAGAAUAACCAAUAUGACGGCAGAAGAGUUUAUCUCAGCUGAAGCCGGCAAAGAGAGUAAAUAUUCAAUGCUGAAGAGUGUCCUGUCCGAGAUUAUUCCCGCCCAGCUGGAUAACAUUUAUAUCUUCAGCGUGAUGAAUGCCAGCCAGCGCCUCAGAGAGGUCAGCAUCUGGUUCGCUGCACAGGGGUCUCCUUAUUACAAGGCAGAAAAACUCAACGGCAAUGUGGCAGCCUACAAAGAUAAGCUGGAGGCUGUCCUGGGCUUAUCUAUUUCCCAGGCAGGAGUGGAUGAGUGUCCACACAGCAACUGCAGCCACACAGGGGGCUGCACAAGCUCAAUGUCCUUCAGCAACGCACCCACAGUGGUGAACGCUGGCACCGUCUCCUUGAUCUCCAUCUCCACCUCCAGCAGCGCCCAGUGCACCUGCUUGGCUCGGGAGCGGCGCCACCUUUCCUGCUCGUCGUAUCCUAGCAACCCCUGUCUAAAUGGAGGCAGCUGUAUGGACAGUGAUCUGGGCUACAGGUGUAAAUGCUCCCCUCUGUUUGAUGGGCCAGAGUGUCAGCAGAUGAAACACACAUUCCAAGGUCAUGGCUACGCUUGGUUCCCUCCCAUAAAGCCCUGUUUCGAAAGUCAUAUUUCCCUGGAGUUUAUCACUGAAUCAGCCAAUGGACUGCUACUGUACAAUGGACCAGUAGCACAGUCACAACCAGGAGACCGUGAGGAUUUCAUAGCUUUAGAACUGAAGAAUGGAGUUCCGUCACUGAGCAUUAGCCACGGCUCAGGCUCCCUGCAGCUCCAGCUUCCCUCCAAGGUCAGAGUGGCAGAUCGGCGUUGGCACCACAUUGAUAUAAUCAGCAAUGGGAAGACUGUGCAGCUGAUCCUGGACCGAUGUUCUGGGGCGCUUGUGAAUGAGGUGGAAGGACUUGGCGUUGAGGUGGUGGAAACUGACCAGACUAUGUGUAAAACAUCCGGAGAAACACCAGGAAAAGAGAGGUUCCUUGAUGUUAAUCAGCCUCUGCAGCUUGGUGGAAUGAAGGAUUCCUUACCGUACCGAAGAACCCAGUUGCAUUUUAGUGGUUUCACUGGCUGCAUAAGAAAUCUGUUAGUUGACAGCCAGGUGUAUGACUUGGGCAGCCCAGCGGAAAGCCUGAAUAGCGCCCCCGGCUGUGCCCUGACCGACGGAGUGUGUCAGACUGCUGGGGGGCCUUCCUGUGGUGUCCAUGGCAAGUGCCUGGGUGAAUGGGGCUCCUUCAGCUGUGACUGUCAUCCAGGCUACACCGGCCACAAGUGCGACAAAGCUCAGCCAGAAUGGUCUUUUGAGAAAAACAGCCUGAUUCGGUACCAGCAGAGAGUAGCAGGCAGUCCCCGCAGGACACAGGCCCAGCUCCUGGUGCGAACACGAAGCCCCUCCGGCACCCUGCUCUCCAUGGCCUCCAGAGACACCUCAGAAUACAUCAUACUAGAGGCUGUUGACGGGCAGUUUGGAGUGCGGGUGAAUCUCGGGGAUGGGAACCACUCCCUGCAGCUGCAGGCCUCACGCAUAGACAAUGGCCAGUGGGUUCUCCUGAACCUGGAUCGCCAUGACAAUGUCUUCACACUGCGACUGGACCGCGGGGGAGGAGCUCGACAAGUCAGCGCCAACCUUGGCAACAAGCAGGAACUCGUCAUAAAUCCCUCCAGCGUGCUGCUCGGCAACAACCUCUUGGAGAACCAGCAGAAUGAUUUCCAAGGCUGUAUGCGGGAUGUCAGACUGAAUGGCCACUCUCUGCCGCUGGAUGGGAGGAGCACUGAGUUCAGCACGGUCCUAGAACAGAGGGGGGUGCUGGGGGGCUGCCACUCUGACACCUGCAGUAGCAAACCCUGUUACAGCCCCUUGUACUGUGUGGACCUAUGGAGGAAGCAUGAGUGCAGAUGUCCAGCUGGUCAGGUGAUGGUGGUGGAUAACGUGUCUGGCCUCCAGCAAUGCGCUCCUUCUCCCUGCGGACCACUGACCUGCCACAACGGGGGCACCUGUGUCACUCAGUCUCUGAAGAGCUUCUUCUGUCACUGCACGGAGGGGUACAAGGGUCAGUGGUGUGAGAUCAGCCAGGUGAAAACAGGGAAGGCAGCGGCACUGAGCCCCAGCUCCAUCCUGGCCAUCAGCAUGUGUCUACUAGUCUUCCUAGGUAUUUUAGUUGCCGUGACGGUGUGGAACCAGAAGGGCAGCUCCAAGUACCAGAUGAGGGGAGUUUAUCACAUCCCUGCAGAACAUGAGAGCUGGGAGGACAUUCGGGAAAACAUCCUGAACUACAAUGAAGAAGGGGGUGGAGAACAGGACCAGAAUGCCUAUGACAUCACUGAACUGAAGAGGCCGUUGUGCUCCAGUUUGUCGCAAUCGUCCUCAGGAACCACGGUUCCCCUCCUGAAGUCAUCUCAGGGUUCCCAAGAAGAGGUGCACCCAGGAGCCGUGCCCUGUUACCACCAGAACAUUGGCAGCAUUGCCAGCUGCCCCCCAGAUUUCAAAAACUACGUCUCCAGGAUAGUCUGGGAAGCGGACAAUGACACCCAUGCAGUCCCAAUGGAUAGCGUUCACAUUUACUGCGUCGAGGGCUGUGGAUCUCCAGCAGGGAGCCUCAGCUCAUUGGAGUCCACGGACCAGGAAGACUUGAACUACAAUUGCCUGAAAGAGUGGGGCUCCAAGUCUGAGAAACUCAGAGAGCUCUACAGGCGUCCGGAGUUCACACUGACUCCAGGAGAGACGUGCGAAAUAGAACACACUUAUUGAUAUCCUAGAGAGACUUUUUUAUUAUUAUUAUUUAAAACAUGUUUGUCAAAUGCAAGAUUUACUAAAAUUACAAUCUGCUACAUAUUUUUAAAUAAAAUUAUUUUUAACAAUAUUCAAAGCCCUGUGGCUCUGAAAAGACCAAUGAGGAUUUCACAUUUAUUUGAGUCUGUAUUACUAGUUUCAUGUAUUUAUUUCUCUGUAUCUUUCAAAGAUGAGCCUCAGAAAGUAUUUUGAUAACACUGUCUGAAUUGCUGUAUUCCUCAGUUAUUUAUAUCAGUCUGUUGUUCUUUGAAAUUAAAAAGGGGAGCAUAGUCCCUUCUAGUUGACACCUGCAAUAUCAAUCAGAUAUUUCUUCUUCCCUUGUGUACGUUUUUUGAAAAUCAUAAAACAUCUGUGGCUGUAAUUGCUUUUGAAAACAUUUAGAAGCAGAAUUAUACAACUUUAGUUAAAGGAAUAGCAGCUUUGUAAAAUGUGCGUAAUGACAAAUUGAUAUUUCAGUAUGAUUUUGCAGGGUGCAGGUCUGAUAUGUGGCCAAAAGCUUUAUAAUGGGUAGCCAAAUCUGGUGCCAAAAAUCAACUGUUUUGUCACAAAAGAAGAAGUAGUUUAUUAUGUGCAAAAUUCCAUUGUGAAAUAUUUAGUAACAUAUACCGAUUUCACAAAGAGGAGUGUUUUAUCUGCAAAGCACAGAGAAGUCAGAUGACACAAACGUCUUACUGGAAAAAGUGGCUUACUGUAUGAGGGGCGGUGGAGAGAAACAAGAGACCCCUGUAAUGCUGCUAUGAUACAUUAUGUAUUAGAAAACCACACCACUUGAAUAUGAAAAUAGGUUUCUGACUGGAGAGUCUUAGAUUCAGAUCUUCAGUCUAUUUGAGCUACAACUAGAUUAUAAAACACUGAACAAGCCACCUGGGUUUCUCUAGUGAAAGAUGACUCAACUCUUCCACUUCCUUUACUAUUAAUGUAACAUGAUGCAUGUAACAUGACUGUAAUGCAUGUAACGUGUUAAGUAAGUGAGACGCUCAGAGCAGCUCUUUGAAAGAACCCUCUUAACGGCAUGCUCAGUUCCACUCCCUCUGAGCAGCUCAGAGCUACAGAGCAGAUUUCAUCUGUGAUCUGAGUGAAUGGAAAAAAUUGUCGCUCUGAGCUACUUAGUUACUUAACGAACCCACUGUAACCCAUUGUGAUGCAUCCCGCUGAAUAAAUAUAACUUGACAAUAAGACCAAUAUUAUUACCCUGUGCUGUAAAUACUGUACAUACUCUUGUUUUAUAGCAAUCUGAUGUCAAAUGUCCCUUUUGUACAUGACUUUAAAUAAAAUG